AUGAAUAGCCCAAAAGAGAUGGAGAUGCAUCUGAGUCUGUACUGGGGAAAAGAUGCCACAGUCCUCUUCGCUAACUGGCCUAAUCGCAGCCUUGGCAUGUACAUAUCAUCUAUCCUCGUCGUCUUCCUCCUAGCCCUGCUUUGUGAGCUUUUCUCUAAACAUCCAACCCUAAAACCAGGGACUAGCCCUCUCCUUGGAGGGUUGUCCCACUCUAUUUUCUACUUCUUUCAUAUUGGCUUCCAUUACUUGGUGAUGCUUGCUGUUAUGUCCUUCAACAUCGGCAUCUUCAUAGCUGCUUUGGUUGGCCACACCCUUGGCUUCCUCAUCUUCAACUAUCGACCUAUUCGCUCAUCAGCCAACAAAGACCCCAACGUGUCCUCCGUCCCUUCUUCCCCUAAAGUUUAA